GUGUAAGGCGGCUGCAUUGAAGUUGUGUAAGGACCGCAAAACAGGAUACAAACAUCAUUUUCCUAGCGUUUGAGUCUCUGGAAAACUCUGGGAGCGUGAAGAUGAUGAGGAUGUGGUGGGCGUGUCUUCUCGGUUUGGGUCUGUCUGCUCUCUGUCAAGCUCAGCCUAUGUUCUCCGUCAACACGGAUACAGUUCUGCCUCCGGAUGCCCUUCACAACCCCACCCAGCUGAAUUAUGGGAUGGCGGUGACAGACGUAGAUGGAGACGGGGAUCUGGAGGUGGUGGUGGCUGGGUAUAACGGUCCAAACCUGGUUCUGAAGUAUGACCGUUCCCAGAACAAACUACUGAACAUUGCGGUGGAUGAGCCCAGUUCUCCUUACUACGCCCUGAGAGAUCCGCAGGGAAACGCCAUCGGAGUGACGGCCUGCGAUGUGGACGGAGACGGCCGAGAGGAGAUCUACUUCCUCAACACCAACAACGCCUUCUCAGGUCGGGCGACGUACGCAGACAAACUUUUCAAAUUCCGUAACGGUCGUUUCGAGGAUCUGCUCGGUGAUGACAUCAAUGUUCAGAGGGGAGUGGCCAAUCGCAUGGCGGGACGCUCCGUAGCUUGUGUUGACAGAAAGGGAACAGGUCGAUACUCAAUCUACGUAGCGAACUACGCUAGCGGUAACGUGGGGCCGCACGCGCUCAUAGAGAUGGACGAGGCCGCCAGUGAUGUGGAGAAAGGCGUCAUCGCUCUGUCUGACGUUGCGGCACAAGUCAACGUCAAUAAGUACACAGGUGGCCGUGGUGUCGUUGUCGGCCCAAUCCUCAGCGACGCAAGAUCUGACAUUUUCUGUGACAAUGAGAAUGGACCCAACUUCCUAUUCCAGAACAAGGGUGAUGGAACCUUCAAAGACGUGGCGGCCGAGGCAGGAGUUGAAGACAGAUAUCAGCAUGGCAGAGGUGUGGCGCUGGCCGACUUUAACGGCGACGGAAAGACGGAUAUCGUUUACGGCAACUGGAACGGCCCACACCGCCUGUACCUGCAGGGCAGCCAGCAGAGAUUCAAGGAUGUCGCCACACGGGCCUUCGCCACUCCGUCGCCCAUUCGCACCGUCAUCGCUGCGGACUUCGACAACGAUCUUCAGCUUGAAGUCUUCUUUAAUAACAUUGCUUACAGAGAAAACGCCCCCAACAGAAUCUUCAGGGUGUCGAGGAAGCAGAACUCGGACCCGGACGUCACAGAGCUGGAUGUGGGAGACGCCUCUGAGCCUCAGGGGCGGGGCACAGGUGCCACAGUCACAGACUUUGAUGGCGAUGGUCUGCUGGAUCUGCUGGUGGCUCACGGUGAGAGCGCCUCACAGCCCAUCUCCGUGUUCAAGGUCACCCAGGGCUCCAGCAAUAAGUGGCUGCGUGUGGUUCCUCGCACACGGUUCGGGGCGUUUGCUCGCGGAGCGAAGGUGGUGAUGUUCACGAGACACAGCGGCGCACACACUCGCAUCAUUGACGGAGGCUCGGGGUAUCUGUGCGAGAUGGAGCCCGUGGCUCACUUCGGUUUGGGAACCGAUGAUGCCACCAGCAUUGAAGUCUAUUGGCCGGAUGGUCGCUCCUUCGUACGGUCGCUCGAGACUACUGAUAUGAACACAGUCAUCGAGAUCGCAUAUCCUAAUGAAGGGGAGGAGUCAGCCCUCACUUCUGAUGCACAGUGUGGAGACGGAUUCACAGUGAACACAAGCGGCCGCUGUGCAGCGGUGGCCUCAGGUCCGAGAGCAGCGCCUCUUCCUCUCCUGCCGGUUCUCGUAUUCAUCUUCCUGAGCUUCUCCUGGUCUCAGUGCUGAGUGUGUCCGUGUGUUACUCAAGAGUCUCUGUAGGCGUCGUGUUCCUCUCAGGCUCGGGAUCCUCUUAGAUCCUCUCGGUCAGCAUGAUGAAGAUGAUGAAGACAGACCGAAACACACAGCGGUGCUGUGCUUAUGCAUGAAUGUUCGUCUCUAUAAGGAGAAGACGGUCAGUGAGGAAAGCUUAAAGGCUGCAGACAGCAACAGUGUCGGCCCAGAUCCGGAAGUGGAAUCUCAUGUUGACUAUCUUUUCAUCCUGGUGACUCAAUACGGGACACCCAAAUCAAUAUAAAUAUGCAUAUUAUCAUUUCUCAACUUUUUUCAGUAAAAAUUUGUUAUAUCUUGAAUGCAAAGUCGCUUUGGGUAAAAGUUUCAAAUAUGUAUGUAAAUUUAAUGAUUGAUGCAUAAUGGUUUUACCGUUCUAAUAAAUACACA